AUGGCGGCGAUUCUCUCCUCUUCCCUCUUCGCUUCCUCCUAUCUCCGCAAACCAUUUUCUUAUUCCCGAACUCAUACCAGUGCACCACUUCUCAGGUCUCGCGCUUCUCUCCUUCAGGAUAACGAGGAAAAAGUGAUCGUGCAGGACUCCUUCCCCUCCAAAUCCUCUCCUCUUCGCACCGCUGAUGGAAAAACUGAUGUGGACUCAGUUAGCACGUCUGCGUUUGAGAAGCGGAUUAUCAAGGUCGAACAAUCGGUCAAUAUCUUUCUCACGGAUUCUGUGAUAAAGAUACUUGAUGCUCUGUACCAUGAUAGAGACUACGCAAGGUUUUAUGUGCUGGAGACUAUUGCCAGGGUCCCUUACUUUGCCUUUAUGUCAGUUCUCCAUAUGUAUGAGAGUUUUGGCUGGUGGAGGCGGGCAGACUAUCUGAAAGUACAUUUUGCUGAGAGCUGGAAUGAAAUGCAUCAUUUGCUCAUCAUGGAAGAACUAGGAGGGAAUGCUUGGUGGUUCGACCGGUUUCUUGCUCAGCAUAUUGCAAUAUUUUAUUAUAUUAUGACAGUUUUAAUGUAUGCAAUAAGCCCAAGAAUGGCAUAUCACUUCUCUGAAUGUGUAGAGAGUCAUGCAUUUGAAACUUAUGACAAAUUUAUCAAGGUCCGAGGAGAGGAAUUGAAAAAAAUGCCGCCUCCUGAGGUUGCUGUGAAUUAUUAUACAGGAGAUGACUUGUAUUUAUUUGAUGAAUUUCAAACUUCCAGAGUUCCAAAUUCUAGAAGACCUAAGAUAGAGAAUCUGUACGACGUAUUUGUAAAUAUCAGAGAUGACGAAGCUGAACAUUGUAAGACAAUGAAGGCUUGUCAAACCCAUGGGAACCUCCGGUCACCUCAUUCAUAUGCAGAGGAUGAUGAUGUUUCAGUCUGUGCUCUUGAAGCAGAUUGUGAAGGAAUAGUAGACUGUAUCAAGAAAUCGGUUACUCCUAAUCCAGCUAAGGUGAAGUAG